GUUCCCUCGGUCACACACACACUUUCCGUCCAUCGCAAGGGAUGGAUGGAUGGAUUGACGCUGCUCCAAAUGGCCUUCCCACCAGCGCACACACAAUUCUAGUGUAAGCGUCCAUCAGCGUUUGCAUGCAGGGGCGCAACAAGACCAGGCCAGGCCAGCUAGACCACCAGACCACCAGACCAGACCAGACAGACCACUACAUCAGCAGGCGCUCGCACUGUAAAACACCCUCGCCGUCUCUCUCGCUGCCAGUAAUUCAAUUCGUUUCGUUUCAUUCUCAAUUGAUUGAGAUUCAAUUCAUCCAUCUACCCAUCCAUCCCACCGCUGGGAAAACCCCCUCGUCGUCAUCGUCAGACUGCCUUUGUUUUUUCUUUUUUCUGUAUUGUUCCUUUGGCACCAGCCCGGCCAGUCGACCCGCUCGCCCCGACAAACUGCCGUGCCGCUUGCUGCUCUUCAAGAAGAUCCGUCCCCCGCACCACACGCACCUUGCCCCAUGUUUAAUUGAUUGAUGAUUGUUCGAGUCGCCGCCCCAUCUCGCAGCGGUUCAUCGCGGAACAAAAAGAAGCAAACGGGUCCCCCCCGCUCGAGCGCCGCGAUUUGUCUCACGCCCCUUCAUCACCAUCACCACCACCACCACCACGAAUCUGCGACAAACCAUCUGGUCACACGGGAGGGAGCUUUGGAGGGAGGGGCCCCGGAUGGACGGCCGUGCAUUCGUCGCCGUGGCUGUGCCGUGUCGCCUGCCCGCUCACGUCAUGGCUCUGCUUCUCUGCUUCCAGGAGCUUUUUACUCUUUGCUCUUCUGAGCCAACUAACACUUUUACGCCAUACGCACGACGUAGUUCCAUCACAUGUGCAGAAACGGAACCUGUAUGCACUUUCCCGCCCGUAGCCCAAGGUGCCGAGUAGUAGUAGCAGUCAGUAGUGCGACAGACGGGUCAUGCUGUGCAUCAUCCAUUUCGCUUCCUCCCGACGCUGAGCCCGCCAGAGGAGGUGGCCUAGGUAGUUACCUGCAGAGUGCAGACCGUGUCCCACACCUCUGCAACACGACAUCUCUGCGAUGCCUCCCCACCCGUCGACUCACACACGUGAAGUAACCGGGAUGGAAUCUCAUCUUUUCAUGGGGCCAUUCUUGCUUUUUGCCUUUUCUUGACGGGCAAACUCCGUCGUCUUUCCUAUGAAAUGAAUCCCCUGGUCUCACUCACCCCCGAAUAACCCUGUUGUUCGUUCUGCAAGGUACCGAACCUCCGCCGCGUUUCGUCUCACACGAACGUGCAGCAGCAAGCAGCCGCGCCUGAGUUCGAUCACGACUUCUAGCUCGUCUGUCUGUUGCCCGGUAUACGUCCCCGGUCUUGUUGGAGCGCGGAUACAUGUAUGAGCGUAUGUAUGUAUGUACUGUACUACUAGUGCUGCAUCCAGUUUGCCAUCCA